AUGAAAUACGGAGACAUAAAGUUCUGCGAGAUACGCGCAGAUAUGUGUAUCGAGGGCUAUCCAGACCGGAAUACUCCGACAAUACUUGCCUAUAAGGAUGGAGACAUCAAAAGGCAAUUAGUCACUCUUAAGGAACUUAGAGGGCCAAAAACUACCCUUGACGAUCUUGAAAAGCUCCUUGUCUCUUUAGGAGCUAUCAAUGAAAAUGACAGCCGUUUGAGACAGGGUCCCACUCCCAAACCAGUUGAUAGCGAUGACGAAUAUCUUGAUGAUUGGGAUUGA